AUGGGUGACAUACAGAAGGCUCAACCUCAUCAGGAAAGGCCUGCGAGAGCUGACUUGCACCCAUUCACCUCCAGAAGGCCCACUACAGAUACCCUCUGGGACCCUGAUGAAAGACCAGACUGCAAGCAGGAGCUGGAGAUGGAAAAUGAGAUGAAGCUGUCUUUUGGAAAGAGGCAGGGAAAGGGAGCUCCCCGUGUGAUGGCAGUGUGGGAGUGCGAGGAUGGUGGUGGCACUCCCAUUGGCAAGGUGGUCCUUGCUGGGGACAGACCAGACCCUCCUGUAUGUGGGAAUGGCACCAUUUGGAUUCAGCAGGUGGGAGAGAAAACCUAUGAUUGUCCCGAAUGUGGGAAGAACUUCAGCCGGAGCUCGUAUCUCAGCCAGCACCAGAGGAUCCACCUGGCAGAGAAACCCUUCAGCUGCUCUGAAUGUGGGAAGAGUUUCACGCGCAACUCGGACCUGAUCAAACACCAGCGGAUCCACACAGGUGAGAAGCCCUACCAGUGCAAUGAGUGUGAGAAGACCUUCAGCCAGAGGUCCAAUGUGAUCAGGCACCAGCGGACCCACACGGGAGAGAGACACUACCAGUGCAAUGAGUGCGGGAAGAGCUUCAGCCAGAACUCGCAUCUCGUCGUCCAUCAGAGAAGCCACAGAGGUGAGAAACCAUUUCACUGCCCCCGCUGUGAGAAAAGCUUCAGCGACCGCUCCUCCCUGAUCAUACACCGGAGGGUCCACACUGGAGAGAAACCCCACAAGUGCCAGGUAUGUGGGAAACGCUUCCGGGACAGCUCAGCCAUCAUUCGGCAUCAGAGGAUCCACACAGGAGAGAAACCCUACGAAUGCACCGAAUGUGGGAAGACCUUCCGCCAGAGUUCCUCGCUGGUGACCCACAUGCGGACGCAUACGGGAGAGAAACCCUACAAGUGCCCCGUGUGCGGGAAGAGCUUCAGCCAGAGCUCGGCACUCACCACGCAUCGCCGCAUCCACAGGGGAAAGGUGUUGCCCCUGUACCACGGCAGCCUCUUGCCCAGCCCCUACCAGUGUGCUGAGUGCGGCAGGCGGUGCAGCGACCACCCCUCUCUCAUCAAGCACCAGACCACGCACGUGGAGGAGCGGCCCUACAUCUGCGUGGAGUGUGGGGACAGCUUCCGUCGGAGCUCAGCACUCAAUGUCCACUUGAGGAUCCACCGCGGGGAGAGGCCCUACAAAUGUGAGGAAUGUGAGAAAACCUUCCGGCACAGCUCAGCUUUGGGCGCACACUUGAGGAUCCAUGCGGGAUCCAAGCCCUACGAGUGCGGUGAGUGUGGGAAAAGCUUCCGGAAAAGCUCGACGCUUCAAGUGCAUUUGCAAAUCCACGUGGCCAAGAAACCUUAUAAAUGUACUGUGGGUAGGAGGACUCUCUCUUCUUGCUCUCUUCUCCCAUAGGGUUGGUUGGAGCAGGAAACAAGAGCAGAAUUUGAUUGUGUCCGAGGGCACGUGAAAAACAUGGGUGCUGAGAAUUACAGUGGCAAAAGGCUAAGGAGACACUGUAGCAGCUCUAGUGUCAGGGCCAGCUGCUUAACCCAGUGGUACGUUAAAUUAUGAGGUCAGGGAGCUCAUCCUAGGAGCUGCGUACGUUUAGAAAGAGUUCUGAGAGCUGAGGGGAGACCAAGUUCCAUGUAAUUUGGGGACUGUGAGUAUGUGGUAGAAUACGAGCAGAAGAAUUGGGCUUUCAAAAGAACUUUUCAACUAAGUGAAAGAUCAAAUUUAAAAGUCCAAGUUGGCUCUCAUUCAAAACUCCAGCUUGUUAGGCACUGCAGUAGACUUAGAAACCUGUAUUUUCCAUGAGCAUGGUAAGUUGACCUCGUGUUUGAGCGGGCACUUCCAAUUCUUUGAGUCCAGAACUCAGGAGCUGAACCUCAACCCGUUCUGUUUUUCAGUCCUCUGUUCCAAAUCUUACAUGGGAUGAUGAAUUCCUACCUCCAUACACAACAUCUGGGAGACAAAAUGGCUGAGUAGAGCAAAGCUGACGGAGCUGUUCCCACAGGACUUGGGUGUGCAAACGCAGCCAGUUGAAACACUGCCCAUUAGCGGUGUUCAGCAGCUUUGUCCUCCUUAGUUUUUAACACCUUCCUGGUAGGGACAUGAAGAAAACGUGGGCAAAACGGUGGCCUUACUUUGUUUAAACAAAAAAGAAAAAAAAGGGUUCCCGCUAGAUGUGUGUGUGUUAUACUUAGCGUGUGUGAUGGGUCCCUACUGGUAGUCAGGAGGCUGCAGUUCUGUAGUCCUUUUUGUGAGAGAACUCUAUUUUAGCUCCCAAUUGUCUGUGCUUUAGUAACGUGUAGAGCUCAGUGUUAAGUUAGGAAUUCCUAUAUUUACAUGUAGUACUGUGGUAAUGACUGCGUUACAGAAACCUCUAUGUUGCUGUGUUUUGUUUCCAUCCUAAAUAAACCUCAUUUUUUUUUCCUCUGUA